AUGAUAUUCUGCAUCUUUCAGCAUUGCGGCGACUCUAACAGAAGACGGAACCCGAUACUUACCAAGAUGCGUUCCAUAAUCUCGAAAUUACUGAUCGCUUUUCUCUUACCUCUAUACGCUAUCGCUUACCGCAAAAAUUCAAGUGAUGUAGAGACUUAUGAUUGUGGUUCCACGGUUAAAUUCCACACGUGCGACAUCGAUAGGGCCCUAACUCGUAUCAAACGUCGUUACAAAAAAAUAACAAAACAGAGCAACGAAUUGCCUACCCUAAAGAGCAAGAUCGAGAGGACUUUCCGAGAUCGGAUGGUUUACAAAGGAAAUUAUUUUAAUACUAAUGAUAUUUAUCAUACUAAGCUUCGAAGCCGGAUCACCGCAAAAAGAUGGAAAGGAAUCCUUGCGAAUCGUUUUGAUGUCAUCGCCUGGUGCUCGGUUGUCGACAAUUGUAAAAUCCUAGGUAUCACGCGAAAGAAUCAUUUCAUCAGAAAAGAAUAUCUAUGUCGAAAAAUAAUGAACAGUUCAGACUCAGACAAACCUAGCGUUUCUCCUUCAGCAGCUGGCUCGUCACAUAGCCUAAAUUCGGAUAAAGUUGAUUAUUCUCCCCCUAAUAGCGAGAGCCCCCGCUCGCCGAGAGGAGAUUCAUGA